AUGUAACUUGAAUUGUAUUGUAUUGUUGUACUAUAGAAACUAACAAUGAACCAAAAAAGAAAGAAGUCAAUGGUUGAAGAAAAAAGAAGUUUCCGUUUUGGUUAGACGGCAGCGGCAGAGCGGGAAGUGGCGAAGUGGAGUGGAACCAAAUUCUUGCCAGCCUAAUCAGGAUUCAAGAAGAGCACAUGCUACAUAUUUUUGGUAAUGCCAAUAUAAGCUCAUCCACAGAUUCCACCUAACUACGCCAUUGUUGCUGUUGCAGAGAUCUAUGGCUUCUUCUCUGCUCUUCUCUCCAUCUUUCUUCGGAAACCCAAUUCCUAUUUCAGUACGUACAAGAACCCCUUCAUGUACCACAAGAAUUAUUAUCCUUCAGGCUUCAAAACAGACUACGGAUGUUUCUUCUCAAAACCCAACCCGGCUGCUCACUUUUCUUGGCAAAGGCGGCUCGGGAAAGACCACGUCCGCUGUAUUCGCCGCUCAGCACUUUGCUUUGUCUGGACUGCGCACAUGCUUGGUGCUUCAGAACCAAGACCCUACUCCUGAGUAUCUUCUCGAUUGCAAAAUUGGAAAUUCACCUGUUGAAUGCAGUCACAACCUCGCAGCUGUUAGGUUGGAAACAACUCAAAUGCUACUUGAACCUCUUAAACGGCUAAAGCAAGCUGAUUCUCGUCUUAAUAUGACACAAGGAGUUCUUGAAGGGGUUGUUGGAGAAGAGCUUGCAGUACUUCCAGGAAUGGAUUCUAUCUUUUCGAUACUUCAACUAGAGAGAUUCGUUGGGUUCUCAGGUAUUAUGGGCCAAAGGGACCAGAAAGAUAAAUAUGACGUAGUAAUAUACGAUGGUAUCUGCACCGAAGAAACAAUAAGAAUGAUCGGAGCAACCAGUAAAAUAAGGUUGUACUUAAAAUAUCUGAGGAGCAUUGCUGAAAAAACCGAUCUAGGGAGGUUGGCCACUCCUUCCAUUCUGAGGCUUGUUGAUGAAGCCAUGAGUAUAAGCCGGCCAGGCUCCCAUCUUGGUGGUAGAACGAGUACUGAUAUAUGGGAGACACUGGAACACGUGUUAGAGAAAGGGUCUUCUGCAUUUGCAGAGCCAAGAAAAUUUAGCUGCUUUAUAGUGAUGGAUCCAACUAGUCCUGCUUCUGUUCAGUCUGCAUUACGGUACUGGGGUUGUACCAUUCAAGCUGGCGCACAAAUAUGUGGUGCACUUGCUUUCAUUUCUUCACACUUUAAUGCAGAAGCCAGUGCUAGUUUGAAGGAGAAAUUUUCACCCUUAUCUUUGGCCUUUAUACCACAAUUCUCAACUGGUUCCUCAGUAGAUUGGAACACAGUUCUGCGUGAUGCAUCAAGUGAAGGCCCAAGGGACCUUCUUUCUUCGUCAAAAACCCUCACCAGCAGUCUGAUACCACCUGUAAAAUUCGAUCCUGGAAACAAAUCAGUUACACUUCUCAUGCCAGGCUUCGGGAAGUCAGAAAUCAAGCUUUACCAGUAUAGGGGAGGAUCUGAGCUGUUAGUGGAAGCUGGGGAUCAGAGACGUGUAAUUUCAUUGCCUAAAGAAAUUCAAGGGAAGGUUGGUGGUGCCAAGUUCAUGGACAGAAGUCUUGUGAUCACAAUGCGUUGAUGUAAUCUAUCACAAAAGUUCACUUGGCUUCGAUUUCAGAUGUCAUUUUGUUGUUAUUCAUAUCAUAGUAAUUGUCAAUUUAUUAAUGAUCUGUUCAAGGAUCAUUAAGGAAAAUUAUACACAAUGAUUAUAAUUAUAAUCUGCCAAAAGGCACAAGAUAUAAAAUUUUCUGAUUUAUCUCCGUUUCUGGAAAAAA